AUGGCGAGGCCAGGACUCCCUUGGUCCUUCCUGCCCGUCCUGCUCGGCCUCUGCCGCGCACCCCCCGCACCCUCCCCGGCCAGCCCCGCCCUGUGCGGGCUCCGCAGCGUCUCGGUGGGGGUGGGGGCGCUGGGUCUGGGGUACCCCUCCCCCGAGACCGUGGUGUUCCGCUACUGCGGGGGCGGCUGCCCCGCGCCCCCCACCCUGCACGGGCUGGCGCUCGGGGCCGUGCUGGGGCCGGGGGGSCCCGGGGGGGGUCCCUGCUGCCGCCCCACCCGCUAUGAGGAUGUGGCGUUCCUGGACUCGGGGCUGCGCUGGCAGAAGCUACCGCGGCUAUCGGCGGGGGCCUGCGCGUGCCUGGGGUGA